CCAGGAUGGUCCAUUGCCCUCGUGGUUCCAGUAGCCAAGAUGGCGGCAGCUGCUACGCCAGCGUCAGUGGAGUCCGCACCCCGAAUCAUGAAGCUAGUAGCUGAAUGCAGCCGCUCCAGAGCCCGGGCGGGCGAACUGCGACUGCCGCACGGGCCUGUGGCCACUCCAGUGUUCAUGCCAGUGGGGACGCAGGCCACCAUGAAGGGUAUCACGGCCGAGCAGUUGGAAGCGCUGGGCUGCCGCAUCUGCUUGGGCAACACCUACCAUCUGGGUCUGAGGCCGGGCCCGGAGCUGAUCCAGAAAGCCCAAGGCCUCCACGGAUUCAUGAAUUGGCCCCACAAUCUGCUGACGGACAGCGGAGGUUUCCAGAUGGUGUCUCUGGUGUCCCUCUCAGAGGUGACAGAGGAAGGCGUCCGCUUCUGCUCCCCAUACGAUGGCGACGAGACCCUUCUGAGCCCGGAGAAAUCUGUGGAGAUCCAGAAUGCUCUGGGGUCUGACAUCAUCAUGCAGCUGGAUGACGUAGUGAGCAGUACGGUAACAGGGCCACGAGUGGAGGAGGCCAUGUACAGGUCAAUCCGCUGGCUAGACCGGUGCAUUGCAGCUCAUCAGAGGCCAGACAAGCAGAACCUCUUCGCCAUCAUCCAGGGUGGGUUGGAUGCAGAUCUCCGGGCUACCUGCCUUGAAGAGAUGACCAAGAGGGAUGUGCCUGGCUUCGCCAUUGGGGGCCUGAGCGGGGGUGAGAGUAAGAGCCAGUUCUGGAGGAUGGUGGCGCUGAGUACCUCAAGGCUGCCCAAGGACAAGCCCCGAUACCUGAUGGGGGUCGGCUAUGCCACUGAUCUGGUGGUCUGCGUGGCUCUUGGAUGCGACAUGUUCGACUGUGUCUUCCCCACCCGGACGGCGCGCUUUGGUUCUGCACUUGUGCCGACUGGGAACCUGCAACUGAAGAAGAAGCAAUUUGAAAAGGACUUCCGUCCCAUAGACCCUGAAUGUGCCUGUCCCACUUGCCAGAAGCACAGUCGGGCCUUCCUGCAUGCACUGCUCCACAGUGACAACACUGCUGCCUUGCACCACCUCACUGUCCACAACAUUGCCUACCAGCUGCAGCUGAUGAGCACUGUGCGUGCCAGCAUCGUGGAAAAGCGCUUUCCUGACUUUGUGCGGGACUUCAUGGGCACCAUGUAUGGGGACCCCACCCUCUGUCCCACCUGGGCCACUGAUGCCCUGGCCUCUGUGGGAAUCACACUGGGCUGACCUGGCAUGGGGCAGGGAGGGUGGGGAGGAAGAUGAAUAGAACAUAUUGAAGGGUUUGUUUUUAUGUAUUCUAUCUGUUUUUUUUUUUUAAAUU